AUCACGGAGAAUGUGGAUCUUUCCUAAUUUAGGUUAUUGAGGCUAUUCACCCUUGACAGUACCUACAUUCCCGGGCUCCCGACGAACCGUUAUCCCUUUGGCGGAAAUAUUGAUCGACUAUACUUUCAAGGAUGUAAAUAUCCAAGACCUACUGUGGAAUGUAGAACUCGACCCUUGAUGACCGCGUUUCUCUCUUAAGACUUCACUUCCCCAUAUCUCACACUCUCUCUACCUUCGUCUUUUCACUCUCUUUACACUCUCACCUCUAGUCCUUCUUUUCCAUUCCCUAUCUCUCUCUCCUUACCGCAAAAAAAAAAAUGAAGUUCAUCACCGCCAUUGCAGCUUUCCUGCUUGCCGUCACCGCGGAAGCCGGUGGAAAGAAGGGUUGGGGCGGCGACUACCCUCCGAUCCCGGGCGACAUGACCGUGAAAGAGGCAGCAAAGAAGUGCGGUGACCAGGCGCAGCUCUCCUGCUGCAACAGGGCCAUCCGCGCCGGCGACAAGACUGAUAUCGGGGGCACUCUGAAGAACCUUAUUGGCGGUGGAUCUGGCGACGAAGGCGUGGAGAUUUUCGACCAGUGCUCUCAUCUCGGUGUUCAAAGUAAGAUUACUCGCCUUUUUGUGCAUGAUGAGAUGCUAACGAGACAGUUCCUAUUAUUGCGAUUGCUGUCCAGAAUAUUCUGAAUGACGAAUGCCAUCAGAAUGUGGCCUGUUGCCAGACGAACCCCGGCAGUGCAGUAAGUCAGUCCUUUCUCAAACGUGGCAAGAGUCUAACGUGGUAUAGAGCAACGACUUGAUUGGUGUCGAGCUGGCCUGUAUCGCACUUGGAAAUCUGCUGUAGAUGCGGUGCGGAUGGCGGAUGCGGACUGUGUUUCUUUCAUACAGAUAUUUUAUGCUCAGUCACGUAAUACAUUUAAUCUUACUAUCGAAUACCCGCAACUGGCAUCAAUGCCUUGUGCCUUAAACCUGGCAAGUCAAGUCACGCCUUGAUCUCAAUCUUCGGAUCCCGCACCAUGCAAUACAACUUGCACGCAUCCCACCCAUCCACACACUCAAUCUCCUUAACCAGCCUAAACCCCAACCUCUCAUA